UUUUAACUACGGUAUUGAUUAUCUUUGCACGUGUUGUGCUUUAAUUACGUUAAACACGCGUUAUUUAAACAACUCUUUCUAAUUAAUUAUAAAAUCGUGUCUCUCGCUGCACUUACACUAACAAAAUGCCUAAAUCAAAAAGGGAUAAGAAAGUUUCCCUAACGAAAACGAACAAAAAGGGCCUAGUGCUCAAACAGAAAAUCGUCGAGGACGUUCGAAAUUGCGUCGAGACCUUUAGCAGCAUCUACGUGUUCACCUACAAAAACAUGCGAACGGACAAAAUGCAAAACUUGAGGCAGGAGUGGAAGCCGAGCCGUUUCUUCUUCGGUAAAAACAAAAUCAUCGCCAUCGGCCUUGGGCGAACGCCCGAGGAGGAGGCGGACGAAGACCUGCACAAGCUUUCGAAGUGCUUAAAAGGCCAAUGCGGCCUGCUCUUCACAAACUCCCCGAAGGACGAGGUGAUGGAGUGGUUCGGCCGAUACGAAGUCGAGGACUACGCGAGGACCGGUUUUAAAACGACGACGAAAGUGAAACUGGAGGAGGGGCCGAUGAAACAAUUCGCGCACUCCCUGGAGCCGUACCUGCGACAGUUAGGCUUACCGACGAAACUGGAGAAGGGGGUUGUUACGUUAAUUAAGGAUUAUGAGGUGUGCAAGGAGGGCAGCGUGUUGACGCCCGAGCAGGCGAAAAUAUUGGAACUGCUCGAUUAUCGGCUGGCUAAGUUUAAGUUCGCGUUGAAGGGCUGCUGGAUUAAAGGGGAAGGAUUUGAGGUGAUCAGUAGGGCGGAGGAAGAUCAAGAGGAUGCUGAGAUUAACGAGGAGGGUGACGAUGUCGAGAUGGAUGAUGAACAUGAUUAAUUUUGUACCGUUUUUUAAAUUAUAAAUUGUUGAAUGUCUUUUUUA